UUGUUUCAGCAUAAAUUUUAUUUGAUGGGCCGACCCUAUAAAUAAUCAUUUAGAGCAUGAACCUUUUUCCUUUCUUCUUUCUUCCCACGAUAUGGCUGUCACACAACGCUUACCCACACGUCAAAACGUAAAUAAGGUCCUUGAUAACUUUGGUCCUCAAGAAGGCCUUAUUUAUUUAGCAGGACAAGUGGUUCAAGAAAGAGAUGAUACUGAUGUUGAACUUGCUUUUCGUCAAGAAUCUAACUUUCUGUAUGUUACAGGUGUUGCUGAACCUGAUUUUCAUGUGGUGAUUGAUAUUGCUACAAAGCAUAUUCAAUUAGUAUCUCCCAACUUAGACCCUGCUCAUGUGAUGUGGAUGGGUUUGCCUGACAGUUUAGAGACUUUGAUGGAGAAAUACGAUAUAGAUGAAGCCAUCUAUGUAGACAAAUUAAAUGACCGUCUGCGUGCCGCUCCUAUUGUCUAUACUUUACCCAUGACCCGCAAGGGCCAAUGGGAUGCUUCAUGGUGUACAGCAGAACAAUCUAAACAACUCCAUACUGCUUUUGCUGAAUCCCGUGCCAUCAAAUCCGAGUGGGAAAUUGAGCUUAUUCGUGAAGCCAACCGUAUCUCUUCUGAAGCCCAUACGGCAUUGAUGAAAGCAUCCCAUGUAGGUUCAUCGGAGGCUCAAUUGCAUGCCUUGUUCUUGUACGAAUCAGCUCGUCAAGGUGCCUUUUUCCAGGCCUAUUAUCCUAUUGUAGGUGUAGGUAAGAAUGCAGCUACUUUGCAUUACAACAAGAACAAUGCUCCUCUCUCUGAACCCACAGAGAUCGUGCUUGUGGAUGCAGGCUGUGAAGUCCGUGGUUAUGCUUCUGAUAUCACCCGUUGUUUCCCUGUGAAUGGUGUCUUCUCUCCUGAGGCACGCACGAUUUACAGUAUCGUGUUGGAUAUGCAAAAGGCUUGUUUGGCUGCUUGUAAGGCAGGUGUUGCUUGGGAACACAUUCACCGUAUUGCCAUGCAUGUGGCUUGUGAUGGUUUGAUGGCCUGUGGUAUUUUAGUAGGGGAUCGGGAUGCCUUGUUAGCCAACCAUGUGGUGGCUGCUUUCUUCCCUCAUGGUGUAGGCCAUAUGCUUGGUUUGGAUGUGCAUGAUUUAGGUGGUUAUCCUGAAGGUACAGAGCGUAUAGAUGAACCUGGUAUUCGUUAUUUGCGUAUGCGUCGUGAUCUUCAAGCUGGAUUUGUGGUCACUGUUGAACCUGGUGUCUAUUUCUGUGAUUUUUUGAUUGAUCCUGUCUUGAAGGAUGCUAAAACAAGUCAUUUUAUUAAUCAAGAAGCCUUGGCCAAGUAUAAAUCUGUAGGUGGUGUUCGUAUUGAAGACAAUAUUGUGAUCACUCAAGACGGUUAUGUCAACUUGACUACUGUACCUAAAGAAAUAGAUCAAAUUGAAGCAUGGAUGGCUCCAUCCUAAAUAAAAGACUUGACGUCAUGUAUGAUCACGUGCAUAUUGCAUGAA